UUGUACUUGCAGAUUUGUCGUGUUUCCAAUAUGGGUAAUCUCUUGAGGUUGCUUUCGCGAGAUGAUUCAAAUUGCUGCUCACCCCAGAAGUACGACAUAUAUUUAGAUUUUGAAAAUGCUUCUCCAACGGAGAAUGAGCUUGCCGUUUAUGAAGAGGUAAACGAAGUACUCAAACGUUGUGACGAAAUUCUACAAGAAUUGGAAGGAUACCGUGGAGCCGGUGAAGAAAUUAGAGAGGCAAUUUCACAACCCUCUGACGAGAAGCAGAUUCUUGCAUGGAAAGCAAUUGCUCCUUUGGUCAUGAAGCUCAAGAAAUUUUAUAUGUUCUCGAUGGAAGUUCGUGAGUACCGGAUAUCCGUCAAGAAACUGGUUCCAAAAAUAUUGGAGCAUCUAAGUUCCGGUCCUUCAUCUACGAUGGAAAAUUUGGAAACGCAACAGGCAAUCGUUAAGCAAUUCGCAGAAAUAUUGCACUUCACAUUGAAGUUUGAUGAAUUAAAAAUGAACGCCCCGGCGAUACAAAAUGAUUUCAGUUACUACCGAAGAACUAUAAGUCGUUCAAAAAUUUCGAAAGUUCAAGAGCAGCAAAACGGAACGGACGUUCAAGAUGAUUUCUACAUCCCGAGUGACUUCGCCAUAAACAUGUCCAUGUUCUACGCUCAUGCUACACCUAUGCUGAAAGUUUUGAGUGAUGCUACGUCAGCCUUUGUUAUUCAGAGCGAAACUCCUUCUACAGUUCAAAAUACGACGGAGAUGCUGGGAACAAUGGCUCGUGUUUGUCAGCGGAUGAUCGAUAAUCAGGACCUCAUCAACCGGUUUAAGUGCUGUGAAACGCACCUCUUCGUGCUUCGUGUCAUGGUUGGCCUAAUCAUUUUGUAUGAUCAUGUUCAUCCCUCUGGCGCCUUCGCGAAAACAUCGUGUAUCGACAUCAAGGGCUGCAUUAAGGUGUUGAAAGAACAACCGACGUCGAAUUCAGAAAAUCUGCUGAAUGCUCUGCGCUACACGACGAUGCACCUGAACGAUGAUUCGACACCGAAAAACAUUCGUGCCAUGCUCGCUACUUGAAUGACGUUCACUAUUCGGUAGAGGACGUGAUAACCUGUGAAUUUAAUGAGAGCAUCAAACGAUUUCGCGUGCUUCGUUUAGUUUUAAACAAGUUCAUAGGGUACUUCAGAUUCGAUGUUCGUCGUCAUUCCAUUUCUAAUGGGCAUGUGAAAAACUUGUCGAGCUUUUAAAAUCGCCGUGUGGUGAAGUCACUAGAAAUAGUUAAGUUGUAGUUAUAUUCAAAUAUAACCGAAAUUGCAUGAGCUAAGAUAUGACUUGGAUUGUGUAUUCUGCUUGGGGGAACUCCCGUUACGUUGUGUGCUGAAGAAUGACGAGUAUUGUAUUUCUUAAUUAUACCAUAGCGAUCAUUCUAAUUCUUUCUUGAAUAACUGCUAUAAUUUUGAUUUUCUCAACAACUGUCGAGUUUUCUGUUUCACCGAGAAUGUUGUUGAGAGAGCCUUGGUUCAUUCGCGGGCGGCAGUUCUGCUUCAAAAUUUAACUUCGGGAUGAAAACUUGCCUUUGGGAUUAUAGAUAUUCUCUCGAGCUAUGAAGACCAAGCUGCUGCAGAAUUGUCAAAUUUUCAGCAUUUUUUCAGGAUUUAAAUACAUACUGUUUUGAGACUUUAUUUGAUUACAUUAAAGACUUGAUUUUUGUUGGUACAUUUUAUUUGGUUGUAGGACAACUUUUUACAUGCUAUCCAACUGACUAUGUGUAGCACUCCGAUUUUUUCGAUCAAAUUUCGGCAAAACGACGCUUACUAUUCUUGAGUGAGUGAGUUAUCAAGUUUUCUGAAGAGUGCAUGCUUUAGUUUUCAUGUGCACAAGGAUUGCUGAUUUGAGCAAGUAAAGCCGAACAGUUGCUAAGUUCAGAGUAUUUUGAAUGUGGUUUACAUUUCGAGUUCGGUGGUGACGUAUCUUAAGGAUAGAAACACGAUUACUUAAUUCUAAUCUAGUCAAGCAUAAGUUCACCGUGAUCUUAGAUUGACUCGUUUUAUUGGAGUGUAUUCCUUCUUCGAAGAUGUGAACUAUUUUCCUAUUCUUUGAAGCUUGAGGUUGUUACAAAUGCGUUUCAUGUUCGGUGAGCCUAGUUUUUUGAAACACACGGCGAAGCCGAUUCGUGAUAUUUUUCGACGCGGAUGUUGAAGCUUUGCGUUUUGCUUUCCUCGACAGUUGCCGGUACUGUGAGUAUAUUUUUUUUCAAGUCUAACAUUUUGGGAUCAACGCAGAAACAAUGUAAUUCGAUCUUGCGUAAGUUUUCGUUGUCUUUCUCGGUGUUGAUUUAUGGCCAGUGCAUUUUAUUCGCGAUUUGUUUCAUAUAGAUAUUCGGUGUCGUUGAAGUUUGUGACAAGUUUCGAAGUGUGACUUCUUACAUUAUGGACCGAUACUCGUUGACAGAAGGGGUUUUUGUGGAGAAAGAAGUCUUCCUUCUCGGGGCCAGUCUCAAAUGAAUUCUGAAGUUUUUAUGUAUGCACGAAUGUGCAAUAUUUCUCAACAAUUUCGACGAUGUGCUCAGAAAAUACUGUACCACAUUCUUUUUCGGGAUAAAAAAUUAUGGUCUCACGUGAAUCGUGUCCAAUAUAUUCAAUUUUAAUGCUUCGGGUGAAGACAAUUUUUUAAAUUUUCAUAAGCGUGAGAAUCGUAAUCUCAUUUUGAAAAAAUAGCUGCAUGCGCACAAAGAAUUGUUCUGCAGGAUAUUAUGCUCAUUUUUGACAGACUAUAGUGCUAUACCUUCAUAGUUAUUCGCUUUUGACGUUUUGAACGAAAUAAGUUCCAAUUUAUGACUGGUCAGAAGAGAACGCGUUUCAACAUUUGGCGUGUGAUAUUCUUGUUCAUUUGCACACCUUUGUAUUAUUUUUAUGAUAUACUUUCGCUGACUGUGUUUGUCAUGGUGGAUGGAUUCGUAAACAUUGCCGCGGUUUGCUAUUGAUUUCCAACGACGGGAAAUAGUGUUGAUGUUGGUACAGCCGUGGAAGCUUUUUUGCGAUCGUCAAUACCCAUGACCGAAUUGUUCUUGUUUCCCGGAUGCGCGGAAUUAAUUUCCGCAGCUGUCACGAGGAAAUUUCAUGAAUCAGCCAUGAUGCUUUCUUUUGAUUUAUUUUAUUUUCUGUAAUGACGAUUUCAUUUAACCACCGCGAUGACUGCGAAAACGAUUCAUCAUUUUUGAACGUAUUCCGUGUAAAACAAACUUCAGAAUGUGAUGCUUUCUUAUUCAGAAGAAGAAACACUUCGUUUUUUGUCAGA